AUGAAAGUUUCUUACUGGUUGCGACAAUACCAAAGGGAGGAUACUACACCGUUAUAUUUCCAUUCAGAUGAGCAGAUGCUUACAGUUUUGAAUGGAAGUGUUCAAGUUACUCUGGUUUCUUCUUUAUAUUCAGAGAAACUCCCUGAUGAUGAAAAUCAAUUGUUCUUAAUUUCCAGAUCAAAGGAAGGUAUUGAAAUUAUUUCUUUCUUUCUUUGUUUAUAGCAUUCAAGCUAAUGCUUUAAGAAAAAUUAAAGGGAACCCAGUGCUCUGAACCUGUAAAAUCUAGGCUGCAUAUUGCAUAUGAUUUGUAUGAAAAAACUAAGAUUUUCAAGUCACCAGAGAACUACCCUGCUAGCAGAGGUUUGUCUCUUGCAUGACUUUUAACAUUUACAAAGUCAAGAGAUGAAGUUGACGUUGUAAACAUUUGUGUUAAAAGCCAUGCAAGAGAGGAACCUCUGCUCGCAGGGUACCAGAGGACAAAUUUGGGCAGCAGGGGCCACUGGGCCCUGCUAGACCAAAGCCCUGAGAAUUGUGUAUAGAAUUGCAAUAUCUUAAAAAAUGUAUCUUUUUCUAAUUUAAGGGACGUCAUAUUAGAUAGCUAAUUCUAGUAAUGACCACAGAAAGACUUGUCCCAACUCUAUAUCCUCUCGACUUACCUGCUUCAUUCCCCUGUUUUGUUUUUCUGCAGAGCUGAAAAUAACUCUCAGUCAAGCCUGGACUUCAGUCAAACAUGAUCACCAGAUAGAUCCAAAUGAUUUGAUUGAUGUGUUUAAUAAUAUUAUUUGAAAUCAAACAUUUUAUCUUUCCAAACACUGCAUUUUGUUUCAGAGAUUCAGUCAAGGUUAUCAUCACAAGGCAUUCCCCACUUCACUGUUAACCUUCAAAAAGGCGACAUGUUGUAUAUUCCUCAAAUGUGGUGGCAGCUUCUCACAUUACCAAGUGAUCCUACCUUGUUUGUCCAGUUUUUGUGGCCUUCAAAAAUGCAAACAAGUUCUGUUGUCCAAUCAUCAUUUAAACCAAGGGGUAAGUCUGAACAUGUUUGCAAAUUUUUUGCCCAUGGCGUGAUUGGGAAAAUCAAAAUCAAAAUGUCACCAAGUGCUGUAGUCCAGAAAAGUGAAUAUGGUCAAACCUCUCCCCAAUGGACAGAUUGGAUGGCCAAGUAGCCACUUUAUAGAGUGUUGUGAAGGAGAGCUGGGACAAAUUUUUUUUGGAGGGUGGUGGAUACAACAUUUUUCUUUUUAAAAUGCUUGGUGUAGUAUUUAAAUACAUACCCUAAUAAAUAUACUUCCUAGUUAGUAAAACAAAAACCAAAUGUCCAGAAUAGAAAUCUUAACCAAAUAAUGUAAAAAAGUGCAAUACCAUGUAAGUACAUCAGAUUGAAGGUAUCUAGAAAGUGGAACAACAUAAAAAUUAGAAGAUAACCAAUUUUCAAGCAUUCAAAAAGCAAUAAAAAGCCUACUGAGAAGAUAUGAAGAGAGAUUCUUAGGCACCAAUGUGCCAUCACUAUUUUGCCCACAUCAAGACAUGAGGAUGAGUGAUUUUACCUUUGAGACUGGAAAGAUGAGUGAUGAGGAAUAUCAGUUUUUCCACAAUGGCCCAGAUUUUACUGAGGUAAUACUGUAUUUCCUCUAUGCCUGUGGGGUUUUUUCCUGUGCCUCUGUGCUCCCUGGCCCCUGGCACCUAACAUUUGCUGCCAGACUACUAGAAAAUCUUAGUUUUUUUUUUCAUAGAAAUCAUAAGCUGACACCCUGGAGUUCACAGGUUUUUUAGCACUGGACUCCCUUUAGUUUUUCGUGGAGCAGAGCCUUGAAAUGGGGUGAAGUGGUUUUUAUUAAAGAAUCAUGAAUGAAUCUAUUUCAAGCAUUUGUUUUUAGAAAUUCAUUAUCUUUAUCGCCAUAAUUCAUAUGUAUUUAAAAAAUUAUCACAAAACUUGGCAGAUAAACUUGACACAAAACAGGUUUUGGUCGUGAUUGACUGAACAUGUACAAUAAGGCUUUCUACUAAAUUAAUGAGACCUACUGGAAAUCCUUGUAUAAUUUCCUCUUCAUACGCCAUCAGAAGGUCUAAAUUUUUGCAUAUUUUUUCACACGAUUUCAGACUGAGCCUUGCAAUUUCGAUGGACUAAACAAACAGAGUCCCUGCCAUUUUCCUACAUACUAUGAAGAUGCAGAGAGUACUGAGUGCAUACGAUACAUUCUAGAUUAUUGCAAUCAAUGGGAAGAUCGUGGCUGCAUCAUUGAGUUGCCUCAGCUGUUAAACAAAGUUGACAAGGAGAGAAUGGAAGAGAUCACCACCAUGAAAUCACCAUACAAAUUUUAAAAUCACCUUGACUUUGUAAAUGACAUGACAGUAUGGUAUUAGUCUUCAUAAUCAGUGUGCAAAGAAAGGCAUGUCCGAUAGCC